UUUAUUCUUGACCUUCUUGCUAUAGCCUUUAUAAGGAUAUAUUAAGGAAUCAGAGGAGAGACAGAACAGAAGAGAAAGAGAGGAGAUUAAACUUCAGGGGUCCAGAUCAAUGGGGAGGCCACCAUGCUGUGACAAAUUUGGAGUGAAGAAAGGACCGUGGACUCCCGAAGAGGACAUCAUUCUAGUCUCCUACAUUCAGGAGCACGGCCCUGGAAACUGGAAAGCUAUUCCCACAAAUUCUGGGCUGUCGAGAUGCAGCAAGAGCUGCAGGCUCAGAUGGACCAACUACCUCAGGCCAGGGAUUAAGCGUGGCAGCUUCACUGAUCAGGAGGAGAAUCUCAUAAUCCACCUUCAAGCACUCUUGGGGAAUAGAUGGGCAGCCAUAGCUUCCUACCUCCCAGAGAGAACAGACAAUGACAUCAAGAAUUACUGGAACACCCAUAUGAAGAAGAAGCUGAGGAGAAUGGAAAAUGAGGAUGGCAUCCUCCCUGCCUCCGGUUUCUCAAAUUACAAACCGAUGGUCAAAGGGCAGUGGGAGAGGAGGCUUCAAACAGACAUAAACAUGGCCAAGCAAGCUCUUCAUGAGGCCUUAUACAUGGAAAAACCGAGCUUUCUUUAUGAAUCAAAGCCCUCAUGCAGCAGCCACAGCUGCAGCACUCCUCCUUCCUCCACUACUUAUGCUUCGAGCACCGAGAAUAUAUCAAGGCUGCUUGAGAACUGGAUAAGGAAAACGCCCAAAAACUCAGCCAAAUCGGCUCAGCAUCAUGUCAACGAAUUGGUAAAUGUUGGGGCUGAUUCAACGUCAAGCGACGGUACAAUAACAAGCGCAGCUAAUAACCAUAUGGUUUCUCCUGAGACUAGUCUCUUUCAGGUUGACAGCAAGCCGAGCUUGGAGGAAAGAUUUCCUUUGUCUCUGAUAGAGACAUGGCUGUUCGAUGAGAACUGCUAUGGGGGAGGAAACGGGAGUAAUAUUAAUGUUCCUGAUUUGUCUCUUGAUGACGCCUCUCAUGAACUGUUUAUUUAAAUCCUCAACAUUUGGCGAUUGGUUCAUAGAAAAUAUAUUUAGAUUGUGUAACUUUUGAUGGAACAAAGAUGAUGACUUUAGUUCAGAGCAGUGAAUUAGGAUCUUAACAGUUUCAGAAUGACCGAUCGACAUGGAUUCCGUUAUAAAUUUUGUAAUUUAAGAAAAUAAAUAAAAUGCUGGCUAGAGUUGCAUCGCAGGACUAAGAUUGAUGGCAGAAAAUAUGCUAAAAGAAGAGAGAAAGAAUCGAACAGGCUUUGCUACAUGAGCUAGCUGUAUUACUUACUGACAAACUUUAAGUGACUGGCCGUUGAUUCUAAUGUAAAUAUUAAUAAUUUUAGUUGGAUUGUUUCUAUGUCAGCUGUUUUAACAUUGAACCUGAUCAUUUUGGACUGUGCUUCUGUAACUCUGUUUUCUUACAACAAUUUAAGAAGGAAGCAAUUGAGGAAAUAUGGGAUAUAUGUUUUAUUUAUUUAUUUAUUUUUAAUUCAGGCACACACAUGUAUAGGCUUGAACUCAAGUCCUUAUCGGAGAAGACGUGUUACCAA